CUUCAAAAUACUGUGAAAAAAUGGCGAUAUGAAGCAAUCGCUCGUAAUUAUUGGAUAAAACAAGGAGCAAAAUUGAUGCUACGAGAGUCGAAUCUACAACACAAAUGGACUAGUUGGUAUAUUAACACUGGAUUGAACAGCAAAUAAACGCGUGCCCAUAACAAGCUUACGACUCGUUAACAUCACUCCAUACGGACCAAGCUCAAGUGUCGGGACUCUGCCGUCAUAUGACAUACUUACUUCUACAUAAGUGUUCGAGAUGAUUUUGGCAUGAGAUUGUGAAUUGUGUGAUAUAUUAUUUGUGUCUUAAAGUUUUAAAAAUGAAUAUACUAAUUUGUCGCAGAUAUUAUGCGUUCGAUAUGAGGAAAGUAUGAGCGAAUAUAACACCAACAGUGCUGGGACAUGAAAACGUAGAACGGUACAUAUAUAUCAGGCUUUUAAGGGACUCUCUGGUGCUGGUUGGCACCAAAAUGCAAAAUCAUUAAAUCAACAUUGCAACCCAUACUUUGGUUAAGCUUAAGUACUCAGUCAAGAGGAAUUAAAGUUGCACACUUAAUCUCAGCAUCAAGAAUAUCUCAGAAUAAGGCUGGAUUGACAGACCUCAAAUGGAAAAAAUAUUUAUAUAUGUUGGAACAAGUUAAAUGGAUGUAAAAGAUUAUUGUAAAAGGACUAUCUUGUAUUUGAUAUAGGGGUCGGCCAUUUAUUAGUAUGCACUAAAAUGCAUAUUCAACAUUGAACCCCAUAUUUUGGUACAACUCAUCGUUAAUCACGAGGAAUGAAAUGUGCGCACUCAUGCUUUAUUUCAGCAACCGGAAUAUCUUAGAAUAGGGCUGGAAUUAAACGGACCCAAAGUGGAUAAACUCUUUAUACACAUCAAGUUAAAUGGAUGCAAAAGACUGUAGUAAAAGGACUCUCUUGUGUUUGAUAUAGGGGUCGACCAUUUGGGUUUGCACUAAAAUGCAUAUCCAUUAAAUCAACAUUGAAACCAAUAUUUGGGAACAGUUUUAGUACUCCCUAAUUAAACGGAUAAGACAGUGGCACACGCAUGCUUAAUUUCAGUAUCCGGAAUAUCUCAGAAUAUGACUGGAAUUAGACGGAUCCAAAGUGGAAAAACUCAAAAAUUGUGUAUCAAGCUAAAUGGAUGCACAUUAAACACAUUAUUGUAAAAGGAUUUUAUGGGUUUGAUAUAGGGGUCUACCAUUUCAAUGGGGGUCUUUUUCACAACCAUUUGAAAUGGGUUAGAAAUUUCUUCAUUUGGGUGAAAAAUUAUAAUUCAUUGGGGCAUUGAGGUUUGUACAAAGGUGUUUCCGUCUGUGGCUGUAAAAUAAUAAUCUAGCAGAUAUAUUUAUAAAAAAAAAAGAUUUUGAAAGUGAAAUCGGUCAUUAGGUCUUUUAAAGUAUACAUAAAAAUACAUUACCAAACUUAUAAAGUUCAAAUACAUUGUCUCUUUUCAAAAAAGUCAUAUAAAUCCAGCAAGAGUUAAUUGCAGCUCUAUGUCACCUAUUAACAGCUUCGGUCAAAUGCUUUGAAUAUUUGUUUACAGAAUGAAAUAAGAUGAGUUACCGCGGAAUGUACGCGUCAAUAAUAUUGUUGGCGUUUGUUUAUGUUAUAUACAUUUUUAAAGAAGAUAUGUUUAUAUUGUAUGAUGCAAUUUAUCAGCGACAGACUAACUCAAACAUAUCAAUGUGCAACCACCGGAAUUAUUUUCAAAGGACCAAUUGUUGUUUUAAAAUAUUCUGGGCAAAGUACGCUUACCAACAAAUAAAGAAACACCAUGCACAAGAAGAACUUGAAGUGAUGAAUCAUACGACUGUUGCACAUCGAAACAUUACGCGUGAGAACAGAACUUGCAAUACAUUUCUUACGUUGAAUGAUCCGCAAGGAGGCGCUGGGAACGUCAUGUUUAAAAUCGCAGCUUUAAUUGGAGUGGCCAAGAGACACGGGUUCUUACCUCGGACGACAUUUGAUAACCAUCGAAUAUUCAAGUGGUUUCAAUUGCCACCAAUAUAUGACAAGUUCCCGGCAACAAAUUCCAUUCUGGUUAAGGAAGAAAGGCAUGAGUACCAAACGGUGAUUGAAACUUUGGACACAUCUCGCAAUUGGACGUUAGGUGGAUUUCGCCAGAGUUGGAGAUAUUUUGCUUAUGCGAGAAAUGAAGUACGGCAGAUGUUCACGUUAAAGACCGAAUAUACGGAUAAAGCUAAAGGAUUCCUUAGAAACAUAUCAUCUCAGGAUGCUGUGAACGUCUGCGUACAUGUCAGAAGAGGAGACAUGCUACAGGAGGUCACCAUAAAACGCGGGAAUCUCCCAACAGAUCCGGCGUAUCUCAAAAGGUCGAUGGACUUCUUUAGAAAUCGGUUUAACAACAGAACAGUCAACUUUGUGAUAAUUAGUGAUGACAUGAAAUGGUGCAAAAUCAGUACAUCAGGACCAGACGUGUUCUACUCCCCAUUUCAAACCGAUGUCUUGGACUUUGCACUCAUGGUGUGUUGUGAUCACGUGAUUGUUACUAUUGGGACAUUUGGUUGGUGGGGGGCUUGGCUCUCCGGUGGAAUAACAGUGUAUUACUCCGCGUGGCCUACCAAAGGUUCUUCUCUUGAUAGAGAUUUGAACACAUCGGACUAUUUUCCAGACAAUUGGAUAGGUCUAUAGUUCCAUUUAUUAAAAAACAACAGCUCAAAAUAGUAAAAAACUAUACGGACAUUACGAAAGAAGAUUUGACAUUAUAUUCACCCUUUAAUUACGAAACAUUGCAUAUUAUGGUUAUUUCCCUUUGCAUUUUAUUCAUUGCUUUGUUCCUGUAUAAAACAUUGUAAAAGCCUUUGCAAAAACACACACAAUGCAGAUUUACACUU